AUCAGCUGUGUCCAAUCACAGCUGUCACUCUGACAGCUCGUGAGGAGAGGAGAGCCGGUAAUCAGCAUUACCCACAGGGGACAUGUACACUGAUCAUCAGGGCACUGAUGAUCAGUGUGCCCUGAUGUUCAGUGUAGCCCCAGCAGUGCCACCUGUCAUUGUUCAUCAAUGCCACCUGUCAUUACCCAUCAAUGCCACUUGCCCGUGCCCAUCAGUGCCACAUAUCAGUGCCCAUCUGAGCUGCCUUUCAGUGCCACCUAUCAGUGCCAGUCAGUGCCACCUAUUA